UAUCUCCGCACUCGUUCCACGAUGUCUGGAACGCGCGGAGGGCUCGAUGCGCUCCUUCAGCGACCGCGGCCGACUCAAUUUCAACAGUUCAUCAAAGAGCCCUCUGUAUACCUCGCAUCGCAGCUAUAUAGAUGGCGUCGGGUGGUCCGCGUCGAACCCAUCAAACCCAUCACUGUCGUCUGUCUCUCCGAUACUCAUAACUCCCAGCCAUCGGACAUUCCCACUGGCGAGAUUCUGAUACAUGCCGGCGACAUCACACAAGCUGGUACCUUGAAGGAGAUACAGACGUCGAUUGAUUGGCUUAACUCGCUGCCACACCCUAACAAGGUCCUUAUCGCCGGUAAUCAUGACAUCAUACUUGACCAUAGUCGCCGAACGCCAGAUUCAAACGAUGCACUUAUCAACUGGGGUGAUGUAGUUUAUCUCAAUGCAAGCUCGACAGUGCUUUCCUGCGACAACGGACGCGAAUUGAAAAUCUACGGCUGCCCUCUCACCCCCCGCCACGGCAAUUGGGCGUUUCAAUAUCCGCGCGAUCAAGAUGUGUGGGAAUCCAAAAUUCCCGACGAUACAGAUAUACUCAUCACACACGGACCGCCGAAAGGUCAUCUGGAUGCCGGUCAUCUCGGGUGCAAGUAUCUACUUGAUGAGCUGUGGCGCAGGAAGCCUAGACUACAUGUUUUUGGACAUAUACAUGAUGGAUACGGUAUGGAGUGGAUACAAUUUGACCAGUUGCAAAGCGCAUAUGAAAACAUAGUUAUAGCAGGUGGAGGUGUUUGGGGUCUUGUGUGGGUAAUCAUCGGAUUCGUUGCGGCUUACCUGACCCCUGCGAAAGAAUCUCGAGCUCUUCUAGUCAAUCCUGCCAUGGUUGGAGGCCUCCGAGACGAACAGAGACGGCGCCCGAUAGUUGCAUAUGUGUGA